UUGAUAUUAGUAUUUCUUUUAUUUGACAAAAAAAGAAAAAGGAAAAAAGAAAUACGAAGUCGUAUAGGCUAAAUAAAUAUGAUUGCGGUGGCGGUUGAGGUGAGCGACGGCGAGCUGGCAAAGACAGCCACAAAACGACGAUAUUUUAGGGCGGUGGGGCCGGCGAUGAGGCUGGCGGCAAAUGGCGGGCCAUUGGAUUCCAAUCCCCAAAUCCCACUUGUUUUACUUAACCCACUCUCACUAUUUCCCUCUUUCCAGCCUUAGAUAUUUUUAGAAUAGAAGUCGAGGAGAGAGAAUAAAGUCCCAUUUUUUUCUUGGUGCGAGGACCUAGAUUUACAAAGACUUGCCAUUUUCGUCAAAUUUCUUCAAACAAAAUGAGGGAAAUAAUAAGCAUUCACAUAGGUCAAGCUGGGAUUCAGGUGGGAAAUUCAUGCUGGGAGCUCUAUUGCCUCGAGCAUGGCAUUCAGCCCGAUGGCAUGAUGCCUAGCGACACCACUUUUGCUGUGGGGAAUGAUGCCUUCAACACCUUCUUUAGUGAGACUGGAUCAGGAAAGCAUGUCCCAAGGGCUAUAUUUGUUGAUCUCGAACCUACUGUCAUCGAUGAAGUUAGGACGGGGGGUUAUCGCCAGCUCUUCCAUCCCGAACAGCUCAUAUCCGGGAAGGAAGAUGCUGCAAAUAACUUCGCCCGAGGGCAUUACACAGUGGGAAAGGAGAUUGUUGAUCUAUGCUUAGAUAGGGUGAGGAAGUUGGCUGAUAACUGCACAGGUUUGCAAGGCUUUUUGGUCUUCAGUGCUGUAGGUGGUGGGACGGGUUCUGGGUUGGGUUCGUUACUUCUGGAACGUUUGUCAGUGGAUUACGGGAAGAAGUCUAAGCUCGGAUUUACCAUAUAUCCUUCACCCCAGGUAUCGACUGCAGUUGUCGAGCCGUACAACAGUGUCCUCUCGACUCAUUCCCUUCUCGAGCACACCGAUGUUUCUGUGCUCUUGGAUAACGAGGCCAUUUAUGAUAUCUGCCGAAGGUCUUUGGACAUUGAGAGGCCUACGUACACCAAUCUGAACCGACUGAUUUCUCAGAUCAUCUCGUCCCUAACUACUUCCCUACGCUUUGAUGGAGCCAUCAAUGUUGAUAUCACUGAGUUCCAGACCAACCUCGUACCAUAUCCUCGUAUCCAUUUUAUGCUCUCAUCAUACGCCCCCGUGAUCUCUGCUGCAAAGGCAUACCACGAGCAACUAUCCGUCCCUGAAAUCACAAACGCAGUCUUUGAGCCCGCGAGCAUGAUGGCUAAGUGUGAUCCCAGGCAUGGCAAAUACAUGGCUUGUUGCUUGAUGUACCGCGGAGACGUUGUCCCUAAGGAUGUCAACGCUGCUGUCGCUGCCAUCAAGACGAAACGAACUGUUCAGUUCGUUGACUGGUGCCCGACGGGCUUCAAAUGCGGAAUCAACUACCAACCGCCAUCUGUGGUCCCCGGGGGCGAUCUUGCUAAAGUGCAACGAGCCGUGUGCAUGAUCAGCAACAACACCGCGGUUGCUGAGGUGUUUUCGCGCAUUGACCACAAGUUUGACCUCAUGUACGCGAAGAGGGCGUUUGUUCACUGGUACGUUGGCGAGGGAAUGGAGGAAGGCGAGUUCAGCGAGGCUCGCGAAGAUCUGGCCGCGCUCGAGAGAGACUACGAGGAGGUUGGUGCAGAAGGUGUGGAUGAAGAAGAGGAGAAUGAAGACUAUUAGUUCUUCAUUUCUGCAUUGCUACCUUUCAUGUAUCUCUCUCUUUGUUUGCUUUAUCAGAAUGUUUUAUCAUUUAAGGAUUUCUUGAACCAUCACAUGAUGUAAGCAAAAUAUGGUCUAUGUGCAGAAUGAUUUGAAUCAAUGUAGUUUGUUUUUGGGUUUUUGAAAAA